UUUGUCUAGAAAGCUUGAAAGCUCUCUCUGUGGAAGAGGAGGACCCAGCGGCGACAUCUCAGAUGAACUCCUAUCGCUGCGAGACGCCCUAAUUCCUCUGGAGCUUCCGAUAGUCUCAUCGGGAAAUUUAGCUUUCCCGUUGUAUCAAUGGAUGGUAACAAAGACGACGCGUUGAAAUGCCUAAAAAUCGGCAAGGAUGCGGUGGAAGCAGGAGAUCGCUCUCGCGCUUUGAAAUUUCUGGAGAAAGCUCGUCGUCUUGAUCCGUCUCUCCCGAUUGAUGAUCUUGUUUCUGAUCUGAAUAAGCAAUCGGAUGAACCAGCGGCGGAGGAGGAUUCGCCUGGAUCUGCCGCCAACGAGUCAUCUAAGCCGCCGUCGGAUCGACCUUCUCUUCGUCAACGUGGAUCAUCGUCAUCAGCCGCGGGAUCUUCGUCGUCGUCUUCCACGGAAGAACAACGAGCGAUCGUGAGGGAGAUAAAAUCGAAGAAGGAUUACUACGAGAUUCUUGGAUUGGCGAAUACAUGCUCAGUGGAAGAUUUGAGGAAAGCUUAUCGGAAACUCUCGUUGAAAGUUCAUCCUGAUAAGAACAAGGCUCCUGGUUCUGAAGAAGCUUUCAAAUCCGUCUCUAAGGCGUUUCAAUGCCUAAGCAACGAAGACACUAGGAGAAAAUACGACGUCAGUGGUUCCGAUGAGCCUGCUUAUCAACCACGCCGAGCUGCUAGAAGAAACAACGGGUUCAACGGCUUCUACGAUGAUGAAUUUGAUGCUGAUGAGAUUUUCAGAAGCUUCUUUGGUGGUGGAAUGAAUACUUCCACUACUCACUUCCGAUCAUUCAAUUUCGGUGCAGGAACUAGAACAGCUAACCAAGCUUCUGAUACAGGAUUCAAUCCUCGUGUACUCCUCCAGAUGCUCCCUGUUGUGCUCAUACUACUACUCAACUUCUUGCCUUCUUCUCAACCAAUUUACUCGCUCUCUCCAUCGUAUAAUUAUGACCACAAGUUCACCACGCAUAGGGGCGUCAAUUACUUUGUCGGAUCAGCCAAGUUCGAGCAGGAGUAUCCAAUAAAUAGUCUCGAGAGACAGAGAGUUGAGGAACAAGUUGACAGAGAUUACUUGUCUAUAUUGGGUCAGAAUUGUCGACACGAGCUUCAGAGACAACAAUGGGGAUUUGUCCGUGAAACGCCACACUGUGACAUGAUGAGGAGGUUUGAUUCAGUAGCUGCAUAAACCUUCCAGGUCAGAUAGAGACUAAAGCACCAAGUUAGUAUACUCAACUUCAAGAGACUUGGUUGGAUUGUUCUGAGACAUAGAUUUGGUACUUAUUAACUUCUGAGCAUUUUGUUGAUGCUUCAGAGAGUUUGAUUUCUAAGUCCCAAACUCAUAUACGUUGAUUACUUGUGCUUCUUAUGAUGUUUAGUAUGAAACAUAUUAUGUGUGAUUAUAUCUUUUUCUGAAUAAUACUUUGUUUUGCUU